CUGGAAUAGGGAGGGGGAAUCCCGAGCGCCAUAAAACAGCUCCCACAACACUGGCAUUUCAGCCAGGGCACUACUUUUAACAGAACUGCGCGAAUUUAGCUGUGAAUCUCUUCAGUUCUGAGGGAGGUCCUCUAUUCAUUCAGGACUAGUGUGGACCCAGCAAACACACAACGUUGUCUUAACGUUGUCUCUAAGUUGACUCUCUAUAAAGGGAGUCUCACAGACACUGAGUGAGUGGCUCUUCUCCAGACUUCAGUAGAAUACAACAGGGCUACAACAUGCAGCAGCCUAGGCCUGGUCCCAGAGGCAGCCCUCGCCCUCACAGCGACAGCAGCUGCAUGUUCGGGGUUAGGGUACAAGUCCAGGGGAUUGAGGGUCUUCCUUACGUUGUAUUGAAUGGGGAUAGUAGAGCAGCUCUGCCAUCUGGUGGACUGGAGAGCUACAGCAGGAACUGGGACCACCUGGAAGUGUUUGUCAACGCCCACAGCCAGUCUGAGUACACCUUCAUGUUGAAUGAUGGGCGAUCUUCAUUCGGUAGUCCCAAUGUGGAGCGAUCUUCAUUCGGUAGUCCCAAUGUGGAGCGAUCUUCAUUCGGUAGUCCCAAUGUGGAGCGAUCUUCAUUCGGUAGUCCCAAUGUGGAGCGAUCUUCAUUCGGUAGUCCCAAUGUGGAGCGAUCUUCAUUCGGUAGUCCCAAUGUGGAGCGAUCUUCAUUCGGUAGUCCCAAUGUGGAGCGAUCUUCAUUCGGUAGUCCCAAUGUGGAGCGAUCUUCAUUCGGUAGUCCCAAUGUGGAGCGAUCUUCAUUCGGUAGUCCCAAUGUGGAGCGAUCUUCAUUCGGUAGUCCCAAUGUGGAGCGAUCUUCAUUCGGUAGUCCCAAUGUGGAGCGCAGACUUCCCAACCACCAGAGGGAGUAUGCUCGUGGAGGUGCUCUGACUGAGGAUAGGGAGUCACAGAGGAUUCCGCUGGCGUCCGCUGCGUUCAUGUACGACUUCCAGGAGUCAGAUUUACAGCAGUCGCAGAGGACCGUGCUGACAUCUAACACGAUGUUGAACUUCCAGAGACACCCAGAGCUGCUGAAACCCUACAACCCAGACAGGAACAGCCUCAGCCCCCUCCUACUCUCCACCCGAAGACUCUCUGUUCCCCCUACUGUACCUAGGCCGGGACAUCUCACCAGGGGUCUCCAGAGUGGGGCAGGGGCCACACUGAUCCAGGCUGCAGGGCCUAGACCAGGAGCAGCCAGGAUCCCUCUGCCUGCUGGGGGUGUAGAGAGGGCCCCCACCCCUGUCUCGGCCACCAGCCAGACCCAAUGCCCAGGCCCUGCCCCUGUCUCAUCCCCCACCCAGACCAAAUGCCCAGGCCCUGCCCCUGUCUUGGCCCCCACCCAGACCAAAUGCCCAGGCCCUGCCCCUGUCUUGGCCCCCACCCAGACCAAAUGCCCAGGCCCUGCCCUUGUCUCAGCCCCCACCCAGACCAAAUGCCCAGGCCCUGCCCCUGUCUCAGCCCCCACCCAGACCAAAUGCCCAGGCCCUGCCCCUGUCUUGGCCCCAGCGCUCCACCACUCUUCUUUGGCCACCUUACUAAGCCCCCCAAAUGAGGUCACCAACAUCCCCAGAAGAUCCCCAAACUCCGUGGACACAGAGCCCAUCUCCUCCAUAGGUAGCCUGAUCAACCAGUUCGACAGCCCCCAACAGAUAGGCCGAGCUGGGCCUAGGAGAGGGAGGAUAGCCCCUGAGGACCGGAGGAGGUCACGUAGCGUGGACAGCAGACAACAGUGUCACUCAUACCCAUUGGACUCCUCCAGCCCUGCCUCGGUCAUCAGAGGGGCCAGGGGAGAGACUCCAGGCGGUUCCACCAGCGCCCCAGGGUCACCUAAGGUGAGAGGGGCCAACGGACCCUCCACCGUGAUGUUUAAUAAACUACAUUGGGAGGAGAAGGAGCUUAGCGGUAGGUCAUCCAGAGCAGUGAAUGUGCUGUACAGAGUUGAGAAGACCUUCAUGACCAGAUCCAGGUCUCUCAACCACACGGAGGAGGAGUCAGAGAGAGACAUUCAGAUCAUCACUCCAGAUCUUCUGGAAGGUCAGAGGGGUCAGCACGAGGUCUCAAUUGAACCACAACCAAAUGAAGACACCACCAAAAAGAUACUGUUCACUUACCUCAAUGAUGGGACUACUGAUAAAACCUCCAUCACUGAGACGAAGGUGAACCUGGUGUUUGACAGAAUCAACCAACUGAAGUGGAAGACUGCAGAUUACGUGGAGGAGGAGAUCAGGGACUAUGCUGCUAUGGCCAAGGAGGCCAAGGAGCUUCAGAAGACAGGAGCAGAGCUGGAGAGAGAGGUGUCACAGCUGAUGACACAGCUGGAGCAUAAGACCAUGAGUGGUCGGAGUCUGGCGGAGGUGUGUUACAAGGCUCAGACAGACAUGAAGACUAUUCAGGAGGAACUGGACAGGAGACAGGAAGAACUCUCCACGCUACGGGAUAGGCUGGCUCAGAUGGAGGCGGAGCUUGAGGUCGCCAUAGAGGAGCUAGUCCAGGUGAAGACUGAGCGAGAGCAGGGCCGUACAGAGAUGAAGGACCUCCAGCAGCAGCUGUCUGAGAUGCAUGAUGAGCUGGACCAGGCUAAGAACACAACACAGGCAGACAGCACAGAGAAACAGCUCCUUCUAAAGGACCUGGCACAGCUGCGGUUGGACUUCCAGGGGCUCAUUCAGGUGCAGGAGGAGCAGGAGGAGGUGCUACACUGGAGGGAGAGGGAGCUGACCGCCCUGAAGGGAGCGCUGAACGAGGAGGUGGAGAGUCAUGACAAGGAGCUGGGCAUUAUGAAGGAGGUGCGCGACAAGGAGGUGCAGAAGCUCCGAGAGGAAGUUGAGGAGGUGAAAGAGAGUAACACAGUGCUGAGCCAGGACAAGAGGGAGAUGGAGGAGGAGAGAGGGGAGGCACGGGGACAGGUGAAUCAGCUGAUGCAGGAGAGGGAGGAACUGAGGGCACAGGUGGAGGAGCUGGAGAGCAGGGUGGAGCAGCUUAACCUCGUCAUCAAGGACUCCAAAACCCUGCAGAGACAGCUGGUGAAACGCAUAGAGCAACUCAAGAGGGAGAAACGGCAGGUUGAGGAGACUCUAGUGGAGGUGAGGGAGAAGGAAGAGGAGAUGUCCCAGGCAAACAAAGCCCUUCUCGUACGUCUGGAGAAUGUACAGAGUGAGAUGACACAGCUGAACCACCAGCACAGGGAGGUGAAGGAGAGGCUGAAGGAGGAGAGGAGAAGAACAGAGGAGUUGAAGAGGAUGAAGAGUGAUCUGGACGAGGAGAGGAGACUGCAGAACAGCACUGUGGAGGAACUGCAGAAGGAGAUGAGUACUAUAGUAGAGGGCUGUGAGGUGUCCACUGAGAAGCUCCAGCUCCAGGUUGAUGAAGUCAGAGAGAAGAGCCACUCUGUGCUGUCUGAGCUCCAACAACAGCUGCAGGAAAAGGGAGUGGAGCUGGAGAAAUCCCUACAGACUGCCAGAAAACUGCAGGAAGAGCUGCUUCCCCUGGAGCAGGGUCUGGAGCGGGGUCGUAGAGAGUGGGAGGAGGCCCAGCAGAGAGGCAGACAGCUGGAGAGGAAGGUGGAGGAGCUGGAGGAGAGGAACGCACACGCCCACGAGGACCACGCCCGAAAGGUCAAACUCAUGGAGAGUGAAGUGAGCCAUCUGGAACGUGAUCUGAGUGAGGAGAGGAACAGUGCAGAUCUCCUGAUGGACAGAGUGGACCAAGGGAAACAACAGAUGGAGCUGAUAAGAGUUGAGCUGCUGCAGGAGAGUGCAGUCAGACAGGACCUGGAGUGUGACAAGAUCACUCUGGAGAGACAGAAUAAGGAUCUGAAGAGCAGGGUGUCUCAUCUAGAGGGCUCCCAGAGGUCCAACCAGGAUGUUGUGGUCUCCAGACUGGAGGGAAGGGUCCAGGAGCUGGAGGGGAGGCUGGAGGGAGAGGAGAGAGACAACAUCAACCUGCAACAAGCCAACAGGAAACUAGAGAGAAAAGUGAAGGAGAUGACAAUACAGGUGGACGAUGAGCACAUAUCUAUACAGAACCAGAAAGACCAGCUGAACCAGAGGCUGAAGACUGUGAAGAGACAGAUGGAUGGGGCUGAGCAGGAGAUAGAGCGACUGGAAAACUCUAAGAGGAAGUUACAGAGAGAUCUGGAUGAACGGAUAGAGACCAAUGACCAGGUCCUCAGCCAGCUCAACACCCUGCGCUCAGAGAUGAGGCGUAAGCAACAGAAAUCAGCACCGCUCCUGAUGAUCCUUAAGGGUGUGGAUGACAUCAACACUGACUGACUGACUGACUGACUUUUAGUACUCCUUGGUGACAUGUUGUAAUGCACUGACUACAGCGUGGUGGGGAAAAAUACAAGCAGUCUCACAAAAGGGUCGGUAAAUCACUGAGGACUUGGGAAUGAAAAGCACUACAGAAGUUUCUCAUUAACGAUAUUUCACCUGUUCAACUCAACUGUGGGUUCAACUGGUGAUUUCAUAACCCUUUGCUCUAGACUGACAUCUAGUGGUUAUUCUAAAACUACAGAGUUCCAUGCAGUUCCAGAAGAAAGAUCACUAAUAAAAAAGCAACUUUAUUUUUUGCUUUUCACCAGGGGCACAACUUUGACUGGGGCUGGGGG